UCCUGUUCCGUCGACACCGGUUAUUUCCGCGCAUGCGUGCUCCUUCGGAGGAUGCUGAGCUGUCGCCUGUAAGAGACCCAGCUACACGGCGGCUUUCCCCUUAUUUGAAAGUCCGGCGGCGGCUUCCUCUUCCGUCCCUUCCCGUUUUUGUUGAAGGAGCGCCUGGAAACAAAGCGGCAGCGGUCUGAACCAGAGGAGGGCCUAAGUGACAGGAUUCUAACUAUGUCUGAUAAAAGUGAACUGAAGGCAGAGUUAGAACGUAAGAAACAACGCUUGGCUCAAAUAAGGGAGGAGAAAAAAAGAAAAGAAGAAGAAAGAAAGAAAAAGGAAACUGAUCAGAAGAAAGAUGCCGUUCCUGCACAAGAUGAGUCUGACCUUGAGAAAAAGAGACGGGAAGCAGAAGCUUUGCUUCAGAGCAUGGGUUUAACACCUGAUACUCCCAUGGCUGUGCAACCUCUACGACUAGUAACAGCGGAUACCUGUCUGUUUCACUAUUUAGUCCCUCCUCCUAUGUCUCCAUCUUCGAAAUCUGUGAGCACACCAAGUGAGGCCGGAAGCCAGGAUUCUGGUGAUGGUGCUGUUGGUUCAAGACGUGGACCUAUUAAACUUGCAAUGUCCAAAAUUACUCAAGUUGACUUUCCUCCUCGAGAAAUGGUCACAUAUACAAAGGAGACCCAAACUCCAGUUAUGACUCAGCCUAAAGAAGACGAGGAAGAUGAAGAUGAUGUAGUUAUACAAAAACCACCAGUUGAACCUGAGGAAGAAAGCAUUUUGAAAAAGGAAGAAGAGGAAGAAGUUGCCCCUCAUGAACUAACAGAAGAAGAAAAGCAACAAAUUUUGCAUUCUGAAGAGUUUUUGAGCUUUUUUGAUCAGUCUACAAGAAUUGUAGAAAGAGCUCUUUCUGAGCAAAUUAAUAUUUUCUUUGACUACAGUGGCCGGGACUUAGAAGACAAAGAAGGAGAAAUUCAGGCAGGAGCUAAACUAUCCUUAAACAGACAGUUUUUUGAUGAACGUUGGUCAAAGCAUCGUGUUGUUAGUUGCUUGGACUGGUCAUCUCAGUACCCAGAAUUGUUAGUAGCAUCUUACAACAACAAUGAAGAUGCUCCUCAUGAGCCUGAUGGAGUGGCCCUUGUCUGGAAUAUGAAAUAUAAGAAAACAACUCCAGAAUAUGUCUUUCACUGCCAGUCAGCUGUUAUGUCUGCUACAUUUGCAAAAUUUCAUCCAAAUUUGGUGGUUGGUGGCACAUACUCUGGACAAAUUGUGCUCUGGGAUAACCGUAGCAAUAAGCGAACACCAGUUCAGAGAACUCCCCUUUCAGCUGCUGCUCACACGCAUCCUGUAUAUUGUGUAAAUGUUGUGGGGACACAGAAUGCUCAUAACCUUAUCAGCAUUUCUACUGAUGGGAAGAUUUGCUCAUGGAGCCUGGAUAUGCUAUCACAGCCUCAGGAUAGCAUGGAGUUAGUUCAUAAGCAAUCCAAAGCUGUUGCUGUCACUUCUAUGUCUUUCCCUGUUGGAGAUGUCAACAACUUUGUCGUUGGAAGUGAAGAGGGCUCUGUCUACACAGCAUGUCGCCAUGGCAGCAAAGCUGGAAUCAGUGAGAUGUUUGAAGGCCACCAAGGACCCAUUACAGGUAUCCAUUGCCAUGCAGCAGUUGGACCUGUAGACUUUUCACAUCUAUUUGUAACCUCUUCUUUUGACUGGACUGUAAAGCUUUGGACAACUAAGAACAACAAACCUCUAUAUUCCUUUGAAGACAACUCAGAUUAUGUUUAUGAUGUGAUGUGGUCACCCACUCACCCUGCCCUCUUUGCUUGCGUAGAUGGAAUGGGAAGACUUGAUCUAUGGAAUCUCAACAAUGAUACUGAGGUACCAACAGCAAGCAUUACCGUAGAUGGAAAUCCAGCCCUUAAUCAUGUAAGAUGGACAAAUUCAGGACGUGAGAUUGCUGUGGGAGAUUCCGAAGGACAAAUAGUAAUUUAUGAUGUGGGAGAGCAAAUUGCUGUUCCCCGAAGUGAUGAGUGGACCCGUUUUGGUCGGACGUUAGCUGAAAUUAAUGCAAACAGAGCUGAUGCAGAAGAGGAAGCGGCAACUCGAAUUCCUUCUUAAAAUUUUACAGUGAAUUUUGGAAUGAGCUACAAGAGCUUCAAUGUAGUAGCAUGUUCUAGCCUGCAGCAGCAACUUGAACGUGAAAACGGGCAGUCAACUAUGGAUUUGAAAGAUUACUGAAGCAGAUCUUGUGAAGUUGCUUUUUAAAAGCUAAAUCACAUAUUAUUAAUCUAAUCUGCAUAAAUUAAUAUUUAUCCUAACUUGGCAAAUUGUAUCAUCAGUUGAAACACUACUUAUAUUGUAUAUUUAAAGUUACUUAGGCUGCCCAACUUUCAAUGGGAUUUAAGUAAGUUAUGUAAACCUAUCUGGGAUGGGGGGUGGGAAUUAUGGAACUGCUUAGAGUUAGUUACACAUGUAUCUGUUCACAGCAACCUUUAUCCUAUAUGUUAUACAGUAGGUCCCAUGGUGGUAGAUCAUGAAAAGGAAUAAAAAUAAUCUAUUAAACUUUUUUUUAAUUAAUGGAAAAUUUCUAAAAUCCCUUGAAUUUUUUGUCAAAUCUGUGUAGUUAAUAAGAAUUCUUUAUAAAUAAAAUACGACAUUUUUCUCAUAUGUAUCCAUUUAAAAGACUUGGGUUUUUUAAUAGGAUUGUGUUACAGGCUAAUAAUUCACACGAAAUUUGUAGGGGGAAAAGGAAUCUAAAAUGUACUUUCUAUUUAUGCUUAUAAUAAAAAUAAAGGGUACAAAUGAUUUUUAGGUUUAAGACUUCAUCUUAAAUUAUUGAAAUGGAUAUAGCUUGCACAAUUCUACCCAAAAAGAAAAAGAAAAUCUUUUUGAAAUCCAUAGAAUAAUCUCUAAUUUUGUAGGCACUUUUCUAAAAUUUAAGAAGCAACACUUCAUUUUUGUAUAGUAAACUCGCAAUCUCAUGUAACCAGGAAUAGAACAAUUUCUCUAGUUUCUAGCCAGUUUAGAUUACUUGUAGAAAUAUUAAAAAUAAAGCUUCAAAUAUUUUAGUACAAUUGUAACAUUUUGUAAAUUAACCAGCAAAUUGGCCGUAAAGUAAGGCAUCUUAACCUUCAAGAUUUUGCAUUGCUAUAAAGUUGAUUUCGCCAUUGAUGGUAGUUUCAUUUUUUUGUAAAUGCCAGUUACUGUCCUGUGCAAUAAGACUUUUUUACAUUUGUAAUUUAAAUGCUUUGAAAUAACUGCUUACAGGCUUUUACAUAUAGUUGCUUAGAAUGAGUGGCCAACCUGUGGCUUGAAUGUCACAUAUAAACCUUUUCCUGUUCCUUCUCUCCCCUCCCUCCCCCCCCCCCAUAUACCUGAUUUGUGUUGCCUUAAUUGAGAAGUAAAAUGGCAUAUUUCAGGGAUAUGUUUGGGAGUGGGGAAGAAUGUGUAAAAUAAGUCAGUAUAUAUUGGAGAAAAGCUGCAUAUAGUCACACAGAUAAGUCCAUUGGCAGAUUUGCUGACUCUGAAAUUUUUAACCAAAAUGUCAUGAAAAAUGUGCCUACCCUCAAUAUUUUUGUAUGAUUUAGUUUUCACAAUUGCCUUAUCAGCAGUUGGUGCAUUUUUCAUGAUAUUUGGGUUAAAAUUUUCAGGAUCUGCUCAUCCAGAUUAGAGUAUCUGCAAGUAUAUGAGAGAUAUAUGGUAUUUUAAAGAAGUUGUGGGAACAAUCUAAAAUACAUAGAUAUAAAAUCUAAAAUAUACUGACAGAUAAGGCCAUCUGCAGAUAAGCCAGAACCAUUUUUGGGGGUGGAUUUUGGUCCCUAAACUCUUGCGUUAUCUGCCACUAUAUACAGAAGGCUGAACAUUUCAAUCCUGUUUCUUCCACCAUGGCAUCAUGAGGCACUCUGCAGCCAUCAGUGUUAUUUAAAAAAAGGGUAGCCAUUUGAAGAAUAAAGUUGCUUACUUCCAAGAUAGGACACAGGAUAGUCUGGUUCAGGUGGAACCUUUAAAAUGAUACACAUAGAUACAAAAUAUUGUCUAUAACAGACAAAUAUUUUAAAAAUGAUUUUGUAUUAGUAAUCAGAUUUUCCAGCCUUUGGGAAGGAUGGGGAUUUUUUUGCAGGCUUUUUGCCCCAUUUUCCUAUGAGGCUUCCAAUUGAGAAGUGAGGGGAGGGAGUUGCCUUACAGUUCUGGACUUGAGGGUAGUUGGUGGUGAUUGGCAGUUUCCUUGGAGGGAUCUAUUAAUUGGUUGCUGGGAAUGGUGUCUCUAUUUUAAUGGGUUUACUGCAUUCUGCCUGAGAUCUGGAUCAGGCAUCUGAGUGAGUGGUAGAUUUUAACCAGGUCUAUUGAACCGUUGAUAGUUCAUUACCUCAGUAUUGAUCUCCCAAAGACAGAGAACCUCAUUCUAAGUCAGUCUUGCAUUUUGUAUCUAGCACUUUUAUAUUCUAAUUUUUGGAACCUGUGUCUGCCUACAGGACCUUAUGUAUGGACCUUAUAACAGAGUUCCUUUUAUAGAUAAGCCCCCAAUUAAGGAGGAAAUAGUCACAUGGGUACAUUGCCUGAAAUUCUGUUGCCCUUGCAUAUUGCCAUGACUUCAUCAAGUAGCUCUCCUUGCAUUCACCUAAUUACUGGCCAGACAAUGAGACCCCAUUUCCAGGUCUUAAAAACAUGCUUCAUUCCCCCCCACCUUCAAUCUAUAAUGGGGAGACCAGAGAGAUUACUAACUCUUCAGCUUCUUUGGGCUUUUUAAAAAUUGUACACAUACUCCUAAAAAAACUCCCUAAACAUCAGAGUAUUAGAAUAUUAUUGAGCAGUAACGUUGGUAGGUUAAUUUUACCUUCUUUAAAACUUAGUCUCUUAAAGAUUUGGUGUCAAAGAAAAGGCUCUGGUUUUAAAUACAUUUUAUUGUCACAUGAUUUUUAGUAAAACACUUUCAAAACAGUCUGUACAUUUCAAACUAUUUAGAACUGCAAUAUCUGUUUCUAGAAAUGCAACUGCAAUUUCAAUGCUGUAAUGAUGUCUCUGUACAAAGAUGUACAAUAUGUACAGUAACAUGGAGUGCAAGCUGUGCAAAGCCAAGCCCUGUGUACUAAUUCAAGCCAUCAGAAG